UUCGCAAAUCUCAAGAAAGGAUCACCAGAAUAUGUGGAUUUAGCAGAAUCUGGUAGAGUUUGGGAAAAUUUCUUUCGGCCUGGAAACAUCGAACCUUACCUGCAAACUCAAUCAGACUUGAAGCAGACUCUCACUUCGAUCGAUGAGCUAAAAGAAUGGUAUCGAAAGAAUGAUAAGGCCAAGACAACUAUUCUUCGAGAUUUGGUUCCUGAAUAUGCUCAGCAAAGCACAUCUCUUGAGCAGAACCCUCUUCAUAUCGGCGACGCAGCAGUCAUCUUCGACGAACUCGAGAAACAACUGUUCGGCAAUAUCGAUUCUCUGGAUGUUAUGUCAACUUCUGAAGUCUCAAAACUUGCUUUACCUACUCCAGAAAAACUUCUACCGGGAAAGAACGCGAACCAAGUCGCCGAGCUCCGAAAUCACAUUUUUGUUAGCCGUUACACUACCGAAGCUGCUCUCAACAAUCCCGGCACAACUAGCAUCUCUGUUGCCGAUAUACAACAACUUUCCAUGAUGAUUCUUCGAGGAACUGAUGCGAAGACUUUAUAUGCUUCCAAU